AGGGCUCGCCGGGAAAUGUAGUCCUUCGGGGCGGCCUGGGGCGGUGGCCGCACGUCCCGCGGACCCGGUGGCAGAUCGGGCGUGGACCCGGGAUGGCUGGGCCGGGGGGCUCGGGAGGCCCUAUUGGGGCCGGGGCCCUGACAGGCAGCGCAAGGUCCAAGGUAGCCCCGAGUGUGGACUUUGACCACAGCUGCUCCGACAGUGUUGAGUACCUGACACUCAACUUCGGGCCCUUCGAGACAGUGCAUCGUUGGCGGCGCCUCCCGCCCUGCGACGAGUUCGUGGGGGCCCGGCGCAGCAAGCACACAGUGGUGGCCUAUAAAGAUGCCAUCUAUGUAUUUGGUGGAGACAAUGGGAAGACCAUGCUCAACGACCUCCUGCGGUUCGAUGUGAAGGACUGCUCCUGGUGCAGGGCCUUCACCACCGGCACCCCGCCAGCCCCCCGCUACCACCACUCAGCUGUUGUCUACGGAAGCAGCAUGUUCGUCUUCGGGGGCUACACUGGGGACAUUUACUCCAAUUCUAACUUGAAGAAUAAAAACGACCUUUUUGAAUAUAAGUUUGCAACUGGCCAGUGGACGGAGUGGAAGAUUGAAGGACGGUUGCCAGUCGCCAGGUCCGCCCACGGCGCCACGGUGUACAGUGACAAGCUGUGGAUCUUCGCUGGCUACGACGGCAAUGCCAGGUUGAAUGACAUGUGGACCAUUGGCCUCCAGGACCGAGAGCUCACAUGCUGGGAGGAGGUGGCUCAGAGCGGCGAGAUCCCGCCUUCCUGCUGCAACUUCCCAGUGGCUGUGUGCCGGGACAAGAUGUUUGUGUUCUCAGGGCAGAGUGGAGCCAAGAUAACCAACAACCUCUUUCAGUUCGAAUUCAAAGACAAGACGUGGACGCGCAUCCCCACCGAGCAUCUGCUUCGUGGCUCCCCACCGCCCCCGCAGCGGCGCUAUGGGCACACCAUGGUGGCCUUUGACCGCCACCUUUAUGUGUUUGGGGGCGCAGCAGACAACACACUGCCUAAUGAGCUGCACUGCUACGAUGUGGACUUCCAGACUUGGGAGGUCGUCCAGCCCAGCUCCGACAGCGAGGUCGGCGGGGCUGAGGUGCCAGAGCGAGCAUCGUCUUCUGAGGAGGCGCCUGGCCUGGCCUCUGAGGACCGAGGUGGCUUCAAGAAGUCCCGCGAUGUAUUUGGCCUGGACUUCGGCACCACCACAGCCAAGCAGCCUGCCCCACCAGCGUCUGAGCUGCCAAGCGGAAGGCUCUUCCACGCAGCCGCGGUGAUCUCAGACGCCAUGUACAUCUUUGGGGGCACGGUGGACAACAACAUCCGCAGCGGGGAGAUGUACCGGUUCCAGUUCUCCUGUUACCCCAAGUGCACGCUGCAUGAGGACUACGGGCGUCUGUGGGAGAGCCGCCAGUUCUGCGAUGUGGAGUUUGUGCUGGGCGAGAAAGAGGAAUGCGUGCAGGGCCAUGUGGCCAUCGUCACUGCUCGGAGCCGCUGGCUCCGCAGGAAGAUCGUGCAGGCACGGGAACGGCUGGCCCAGAAACUGGAGGAGGAGGCAGCCCCGGCUCCCAGGGAGGUCCCUGGUGGGGCAGCGGGGGGAGCCCGGCCACCCCUGUUGCACGUGGCCAUCCGUGAGGCUGAGGCCCGGCCCUUUGAAGUGCUCAUGCAGUUCCUCUACACGGACAAGAUCAAGUACCCGCGGAAAGGCCACGUGGAGGACGUGCUGCUCGUCAUGGACGUGUACAAGCUGGCCCUGAGCUUCCAGCUCUGCCGCCUGGAGCAGCUGUGCCGACAGUACAUCGAAGCCUCCGUGGACCUGCAGAAUGUGCUGGUUGUGUGCGAGAGCGCCGCCAGGCUGCAGCUGGGCCAGUUAAAGGAGCACUGCUUGAACUUCGUGGUGAAGGAGUCCCACUUCAACCAGGUGAUCAUGAUGAAGGAGUUCGAGCGCCUCUCUUCACCACUGAUCGUGGAGAUCGUGCGGCGGAAGCAGCAGCCGCCUCCCCGCACCCCCUCGGAGCAGCCUGUGGACAUCGGCACAUCUCUGAUCCAGGACAUGAAGGCGUACCUGGAGGGAGCAGGUGCGGAGUUCUGUGACAUCACUCUGCUACUGGACGGGCACCCAAGACCGGCCCACAAGGCCAUCCUGGCCGCCCGCUCCAGCUACUUUGAGGCCAUGUUCCGGUCCUUCAUGCCAGAGGACGGCCAGGUGAACAUCUCCAUCGGGGAGAUGGUGCCCAGCAGGCAGGCCUUCGAGUCCAUGCUGCGCUACAUCUACUACGGGGAGGUCAACAUGCCGCCCGAGGACUCUCUCUACCUGUUUGCGGCCCCCUACUAUUACGGCUUCUACAACAACCGGCUGCAGGCAUACUGCAAGCAGAACCUGGAGAUGAAUGUGACUGUGCAGAAUGUACUGCAGAUCCUGGAGGCAGCCGACAAGACGCAGGCGCUGGACAUGAAGCGGCACUGCCUGCACAUCAUCGUGCACCAGUUCACCAAGGUUUCCAAGCUGCCCACGCUGCGCUCGCUGAGCCAGCAGCUGCUGCUUGACAUCAUAGACUCCCUGGCCUCCCACAUCUCUGACAAGCAGUGCGCGGAGCUGGGCGCUGACAUAUGAGGGCCCACGUGGUGCCGGCCCACUCAGGAAUCACUGUGCUUGCUCCUGCCCUGCCCACUGCAGACUACUGGAUCUGCCAGCCAAGGGGCUGGCUUCCCUGAGCCUUCGAAGGGAAAGGGAACACGGGGUCUCUGCCCCGUUUCACUGCCGAGGACACAGGUCACACAGGGAGUGGAUGGUGAAACAGACGCCCUCCCCCCAACCCCAGCCAGAACCUCUCCUCGGAGGUGGGACAGCCCACCAUGGAGUUGGUGUGGGGCUGCCUAUCCAGCAGGGACUGCAUGGCUUGUGGGUUUGGCCGCUGGGUCCUAUUGCCAAGGCCCCUCUGACGUAGGAGCUACACAGUAUCCCCUCACCUUUACGGAGGCGGCUGUUAAGGGCCCCUACUGCCACCCGGUUUGUGAAUGGGCACAUGGAAUUGGACUCCAGAUGAAUUUUGGGGUGUGAAGGGCCCUGAGUCAGCACCUAGCCUGAAGGGCCAUUCUGGCCAGGGCCUGGCUUCCAGAGGAGUUGCAGGAUCUCACCCCACUGUGUGCACAUCAGGGGCCCCCAGCUGCACCAGGGGGAAGUCAGUGGAGGUGCCCCCCCCCAGUCCCCAUGUAUCCUUAAUUAUUUAUUGUCAUAAACAUGCCAUUAAGACCACAGUAGUGCUAAUCUACUAGACACACCUCAUGGGCAUAGACCCUCCUUGAGCGGGGGACAGAUCAUGUGUCCCAAGUGCUUGGGACACGCCAGGUCUCAGGGUUGGCAACUCCCCACCUCAUCUGAGGUGUCCCAAUUGUGGGGGUGGGGCAGGGCUGUGCUCCAAGGGGAACCCUGGAUUCCCAAGGCUGUCUUGCUCCUACACUGCAUUAGAGGCUCCUGCCUAGGCUGGAAAGCUAAGGACUGGCCACCACAUCCUUCCCUUCUGUCAACAGAAGGCCCUGGGACUCCACGCUAA